UGCGGCCCCAUGCCGGCCCCAGCUGGCCACCGGGGCCUACAGCGCGCCCCGAAUGCCGAAGCAUUUGCCCCCGGGACCGGCGCCCACUUUUGGCCCAAAGGGCCUUUUGGACACACGCAAGCGGCGCGCGGAAACACAACCCCCAGCCCCCCGGCGCGUGAAAAAAAAAACGCGCUGGGGUGGGGGGCGUUUUUGCCUUUUUCUUUGCGCCCCGUGGGGCUUAGGGAAAAGGUCGUCUUUUGGGGGGGGCCCGGGGCCGCCGCGCGGCUCACAGCCGGCCGCGCCGCUGCCUUCGCAAACGGGAAAGGCUUUUUGAAAGACCCCCAUGCAAAACAAAGGCCGGUGGCGGCAGACCCCCCCCUCGCGCCCCGUGCUUUGUCUUGGCUGGCGCGCGGCGCCG